UUUUAAACAUUAAAAAAGACUGCUUUCUUGAUGUUUUAUCCGGGCCGGGCGGCCCUGUGGGCAGUCCAGCCGCAAAGAUGGGCGGCGGGUAUGGGUAAAGAAUUUAGCCCAUCAGAUCCAUCCUGCCCUGAUCCUUAUUUGUACUUUGGCCUCUUCCCCUCCGUCUGCAUUUCUGCACGAGCCGCCCUUUCUCCUCCGCGUUCAGGUCUGACCAGCCGGGUGUUGUCUCCGGCAACUAUUUUCCGUCGUCUCACUUCUCUCUUGCAGUAGAAAGUAGAACUAAGGAUUGGGAAGGACUGAAAGUUUCAGUUUUUAUUGUCUAGCUUUUGAGAGAUGGCAGCAAUUAAUCCUAGUCAAUGUCAUUCAGUGUCUUCAACCUGUCCCUUCUUAGGCCUCAAGGUCAACUCAAGGGCUCAACAAGUUUCUCUUGUGCGGAAAACUAUUGGGGUAGUGAAAUGUGUUGCAACACUCGAGCAAACUGCUUACAAGACGAACGUCUCUCGUAAUGAAAACUUGGGUAAACUUCAAGCUGGUUAUCUCUUUCCUGAAAUUGCUAGAAGAAGAGCUGCACACAUGUUGAAGCACCCUGAUGCCCAGAUUAUAAGCCUUGGAAUUGGUGACACUACUGAGCCCAUUCCUGAUGUGAUAGCAUCUGCUAUGGCAAAGAGAGCCCAUGCAUUGUCAACUCUUGAGGGCUAUAGUGGCUAUGGAGCUGAACAAGGAGAAAAAUCAGUACGAUCUGCAAUAGCUUCAACUUUUUACUCAAAUCUUGACAUUGAGGAUGAUGAUAUUUUUGUGUCAGAUGGUGCUAAAAGUGACGUAUCACGACUUCAGGUUCUCUUUGGAUCUAAUGUGACAAUGGCUGUGCAAGACCCAUCAUACCCGGCAUAUGUGGACUCUAGUGUUAUAUUAGGUCAAACUGGGCAGUACCAGAAGGAUGUUCAGAAGUAUGAGAAUAUUGUGUACAUGAAAUGUACACCAGAAAAUGGCUUUUUCCCGGACCUUUCAUCUGUUCCAAGGGCAGAUAUCAUAUUUUUCUGUUCACCUAAUAACCCAACUGGUUCAACUGCAUCAAGGGACCAGCUUACUAAAUUGGUGCAAUUUGCUAAGAAGAAUGGGUCAAUCAUAGUCUAUGAUUCUGCAUAUGCAAUGUAUAUAUCAGAUGAAAGUCCAAAAUCCAUCUUUGAAAUCCCUGGAGCCAAAGAGGUUGCAAUUGAGGUUUCCUCAUUUUCCAAAUACGCUGGUUUCACUGGUGUUCGAUUAGGUUGGACCGUCAUUCCAAAAUCUCUAUUAUAUUCUGAUGGAUUCCCGGUGGCUAAGGAUUUCAAUCGCAUUGUCUGUACAUGCUUCAACGGUGCAUCCAAUAUUGCACAAUCUGGCGGCCUAGCUUGCCUUUCACCUGAAGGCCUUGAGGCCAUGUUGGAAACUGUUGGCUAUUACAAAGAGAACACGAGCAUCAUAAUGGAGACGUUUCGCUCGUUAGACUUUAAAGUGUACGGAGGAACGAACGCGCCGUACGUGUGGGUCCACUUCCCGGGUCGGAGCUCGUGGGAGGUGUUUGCUGAGAUUCUUGAGAAGACUCAUGUGGUGACCACUCCCGGGAGUGGGUUCGGGCCCGCUGGAGAAGGUUUUGUUAGGGUCAGUGCCUUUGGACACAGAGAGAAUGUGAUUGAAGCCUGCCGGAGAUUCAAGAAUCUGUUCAACUGAAAUGGACGGUGUUUUGUACCAAUAGCCCUUUCAUCCCCAUUAUUUUUGAUUAAGAUUCAAAUUACACGCAUCGAGAGCAUUGUUUGGAAAAUUUCCACCUAGUCUUUUCUCUACUUGGUCAUUUAGUUUUUUUUUCUAUGUUCAUACAAUGCUUAAAUAUCAUU